GUCUGACAAACGUGCCGCAUGUGGAGCAUAUCGGCCGCUAAAAUCCUCCAACUCAACGACAAAAGGACUUUAAAUCUUUUCUUUUUUCUAUAUUUCGCCUCCCUCACUUGUCGCAUACAACAAUAGAUCAUCUCCUCCGCUUCUCCUGUCGUUACACUUGCGCUGUUUUCUGCAUUGGCUUGUUACCAUGUCUGUCCCUCGUGUAAAACGUGUGGCGGUCAUCGGCGCCGGACCAGCGGGUGCUAUUGCGGUUGAUGCUUUGGCGCAAGAGAAGACGUUUGAUCUUAUCAGGGUUUUUGAACGCCGUGAAGGGCCUGGAGGAUGUUGGUAAGUCAUCAGAUUUCUAGUAAACUACCAGAUUAUAUGGUGAGAGAAUUUGAGCUGACGGUGUAAGGAUUGGUGAUACAACUCAACCUCCAACAAUCUCAAAUCUGGCAAAGCUCGCAGAUCGUACAGCAGAUGAGCAACUGCCCAUCCCUGAGACUUUACCAACACUUCUUCCCAAGUCCACGCAACCACGCCAUGAAGAAUCAUCUCUGUACCCAUACCUAGAAACCAACGUUGACACAUCCACCAUGGAGUUCACACAAGAGCCCAUCCCCGAAAUCCGCAGUGAGAGAUCAAUCGGGAUGCACGGCCCCGAGACGCCCUUCCGGCACUGGAAAGUCAUGCGUGACUACAUCGCAGGUAUCUUGCAUCGUAACCACUACGAAGAUCUCAUCUCGUACAACACCACCGUGGAACAUGUUGAGAAGACCGGUGAUGAGUGGAAGGUUGUGUUGAGAAAGGAGGGAAAGAAGCAGGAUUACUGGUGGAGUGAGACUUUUGAUGCUGUGGUUGUGGCGAGCGGCCAUUACUGGGUGCCGUAUAUUCCGGCUGUGGAGGGCUUGGAGCGGUUUGAGAAGACGAGGCCGGGAAGUGUGGUGCACAGCAAGCACUUCCGAGGUCGAGACUCUUUUCACGGCAAGAGAGUCGUUGUUGUGGGUGCUUCUGUAUCAGCGGCUGAUAUCGCAGUUGAUCUCGUCGACACAGCCAAAUCACCAAUUCACUGCGUCACCAUCGGCCACACCACAAACGUCUUCUUCGGCGACACAGCCUUUGACCACCCCAAGAUCCAGCAACAUCCAUCCAUCGCCAAGGUCGUCAACCUAACAGUGCACUUCAUCGACGGAACCAGCGUUGCAGAUGUAGACCACAUCAUCUUCGGCACAGGCUACAGCUGGACCCUCCCAUUCCUCCCCUCCCUCCCCGUCCGCAACAAUCGCGUCCCCGGUCUAUACCAACACAUCGUAUGGCAGAAAGAUCCGACGCUGCUCUUCGUCGGCGCAGUAGGCGCAGGUCUCACGUUCAAGAUCUUCGAGUGGCAAGCCGUCUACGCAGCUCGUAUCCUCGCAGGCCGAGCGUCUGUACCUUCACAGGAGGAGAUGCAGAGGUGGGAGGAUGAGAGGAUACAGACACACGGCGAUGGACCAAAGUUCUCUGUUGUGUUUCCGGACUUUGAGGAUUACUUUGAGGCGGUGAGGGAGCUUGCGGGUGAGGGUGAGCCAGGGGUGGGACGCAAGUUGCCCAAGUUUAGGAGGGAGUGGUUUAGGAAUUUUAUAGAGGGUACGGAGUUGAGGAAAGGAUUGUGGAGGAGGUGGAAUGGGAAGGCGAAGGCGGAUCUUGAGAAGGAUGGUGUGAAGGCGAGGUUGUAGAUGGAUUUGGGCUGUAGAGUAGAUAUUGUGUUUGAUCUAGAUUUAGACGUAUAAAUAGAGCAGGAAUAUAGAACUCCGAUCAAAGAGCCAGAAAUUGACUAUACCUGGUCACCAUGUUCGGAGCACUGAAUGUCUCAUAUACAUUAACAAGGUGCCGGAGUUCAAAGUGCUGGAG